AAACACACACACACACACACACACUUAAACACACAUAUUUAAACAGACACACACACACACACACACAUAUUUAAACACACACACACACACAGUUAAAAACUCGUUUUAUUGCAGAUUCUGUGUUUUUUUUAUCCGGUUGGAGGAGAAACGAGGAGGCGGAUUCGGCUCCAACUUUCCUCUUCAUGAUGUGUGAAACUGUUUCUGACUGUGGCUCAAAUUUAAACCCAGAAGAAGAAUUUAAACAGAAACAGACCCGAGGAACCGAGGAACCGAGGAACGGAGGAACGAAGGAACGAAGGAACGAAGGAACAGAAACGGAGAGGUGGAAAUCAGAGCUGCUGCUUCAGGACGCUGGUUUAGGAGUCUUCAGGUUUCAGGUUCAGGUCAGAUCACCGCAGAACAAAAACAACAAGAACAGAUUAUUACAGAUUAUUAUUAUAAUCCUGAUGCAGGUCAGAGACCGUGCUUCAUCAGUGAGGUCCACUCUGAAAACCAUCAUCAUCAUCAUCAUCAUCAUCAUCGCGAACGUCUGUUUAAACCUUUGAGAGACCCGUGAAGCUCAGACCUGAAGGUCAGGAGGUCUAACUCUGCUCGGAGGAGGUUCAUGUGUGGGAUAAGUCUUUCCUGGUCCAGGUGAGUCCCUGUGAGAUCAGACCUGGACGAACAGGAACAUCGUGUUAGAACAACAGAACAGUCCGAUCCUUCAGCAGAGUCAGAAAAACACAUAAAUCCCUGAGGAGUCCAGAUUUAAAAACACUCAGACUGAGUUUUCAUGACAAAAAAAAGGGGGCGGAGGACUUUUCUGCAGGACCAAUCAGAGCUCCUGAAAAAAAAGGAAAAAAUCUGGGGUCUUUGGUCAGGAACCUCCCCAGAUCUUAAUCCUAUACAGAGAGUUUAUGGUCAAUCGAACAAACUGACACUCGUGAAAUAAUGAAACUUUAAAACAUAAAAACAAGAAGAUCUAAAAACGCUGAAGCAGCAGAGUUUGUGAAAAUUCAUAUGUGUGUCAUUCUCUAAUCUUCUGACCUCGGCUGUAGUCCUGGUCCGGCCCUGACGUCUCUCUUGACGCCAUCGUCGUUUUCUUCUGCUUCAUCCAGGUCUGGCAGCAGCUUCAGGACUGAAGCCCAGACGGCGAGAGAUAUAGUCCCUCCACCUGGUCCUGGGCCGACCACGAGGUCUCCUCCCGGUGGGACAUGUCUGGAACACCUCUAACAGGAGGCGUCCAGAAGGCGUCCUAACACCUCAGCUGACUCCUCUGGACGUGGAGGAGCAGCGGUUCUCCUCUGAGCUCCUUACCCUAUCUCUAAGGCUGAGCCCGGACACCCUGAGGAGGAAACCCAUUUCAGCCGCUUGUAUCUGCGAUCUUGUUCUUUCGCUCAUUACCCAAAGUUCAUGACCAUAGGUGAGGAUCGGCACGUAGAUCGACCGGUAAAUCCAGAGUCUCUCCUUACGGCUCAGCUCUUUCUUCACCACCACUGAUCGGUUAAUCGUCCGCAUCACUGCUGACGCCGCUCCAUCCUACCCUCACUCCUGAACAAGAUCCUGAGAUACUUGAACUCCUCCACCUGAGGCAGGACCGCCCCUCCAACCUGGAGAAGGUGAUUGACCUUUCUCUGACUGAGGACCAUGACCUCGCCGCUCUCCUGUCCCACGCUCCUGUGGUGGUUUUCAGGAACAGCUGGAGUCUUCCUGCUGAGUCAGAGUCUUUUUAUCAAACCGGGAUCUGGAUCGGACUUUCCCUUUAAACAGACAUAGAUCCGUGUCUGCAUAGAUCUGUACGAGAGAGGAUGACGACCUUUGACCUGACCAUCUUUAAAUCCUUCAGCUCCUGCUGUUUUAUCCCCUGAAGGUGUUUCUCCUCAGGAUCAGGACUCAGAGCUUCUGUCUGUCACUGCAGCUCAGAGAAACAUGCUGAACUGGUGUUUUUAUUGGAUCCUCAUGUUGGAUUUUAUGAGCGGAUCAGAGCCGAACGCCUCCGUCUGUCAGGCUGAUGACAGUUUGAUGCAGAGCAGCUUUCAGGUCUGCAGCUUCUGUCCGUCUCCACGUCUUUGUGCAGAGAUGAUGGACAGCAGCAGAUAACGCGACACAGAUGCUGCUCGCUG